CAAGCUAAACAAGCUCAUGACAGACUGAAAUGCAUUGCUUUAUUUAUCUUUAAUCAAAUGGUGGUGAGCUAAGGCGCACUCGCUGCCCGAUUCCCCGGAAGAAGCGCCCGCGCGACGCUCCUCGCACAUUUCUUUCUCCACCCACUUUGGCGCGCAAACUGUCGAGUAACCUGGGCCAACAUGAGUUCGAUGUCGAAUAAUGUCGAGAAUCUCUCGCCACAAAUAAUACGAGGCAUUGUCAAGGAAAUGCAGGAUCUAGUCUCCAGUCCUCCAGAAGGCAUCAAGGUACAAAUCAAUGAGGAAGAUGUCACUGAUAUUCAAGCAUUUAUUGAAGGCCCAGCAGGCACACCUUACACAAGUGGUUUGUUUAAAGUAAAACUGACUUUGGGGAAGGAUUUUCCACAAACACCACCAAAAGCAUAUUUCUUCACAAAAAUUUUUCAUCCCAAUGUUGCUGCCAAUGGUGAGAUUUGUGUCAAUACUUUGAAAAAGGAUUGGAAGCCAGAUCUCGGAAUUAAACAUAUAUUACUUACUAUAAAGUGCUUGCUUAUUGUGCCUAAUGCCGAAUCAGCUUUGAAUGAAGAAGCAGGCAGACUACUAUUAGAACAUUAUGAUGAUUAUUCACAGAGGGCGAAAAUGAUGACCGAAAUUCAUGCCCAGCCUCAAAAACUAUCAAAAUGUGGGCCUAGUGAAGGACCAGUUGCCAAAAAACACGCCGGCGACAAAAAGCUCUCCGCCGAAAAGAAGAAAAUCCUGAAAGAAAAGAAGCGAACGCUGAAACGUUUAUGAAACUAAUAUUUUCUCUUAUAUUCUUUUACCAAAUAACAGAUUUACAUUUACACAUAAAAACCCAUCGUGACAACAUUGUACACAGAAUGCGUAUAGAGUAUUAUUUUUACAAAACGAAACACGAAACUAGCCGGUCGCGCAAGCGAAAUUGUCAAAAAUUUGAACGAGUUUUAUAAGAGUCUUUAUUUUUUAUUUUUAGUUAAAUUUUAAGUAAUAGUUGUAUUAAUUUAAUGAAAAAAAAAACACUUACAAUUCGGGCAACUAAGAAGUAGCAUGACUGGAAGAUGUACACAAAGUGAAAAUCAAAACUCAGUCUCUUAAAUACAUUACUAUUAUUUUGUACAAUAGUGACAAAUAUUUAACUUAUGUGAGAAGAUGCGCGUGUGUUCCUGAGUCAUUGGUUCGUAGUUCUUAGUUUGAAGGUGUUUUGUGACUGAUCUUCCCAAAAAUUAAUUUUAUUGAACAAAUUUUAAUUCAGUUGGACGAAAUUUAGAUUAACAUAGCCACAUGCAGAUGCAAAUUUCCUCAUCAACGUCAAUAAAUAAAUAAAUUUGUUCUAGUGAAUGUUAUCUUUGGGUUUUGAGGUGUUGAUUGAAGGUAAUUUGCAUUUUGACGAUUAGUACGUAACCAUGCACCAAAUUGUGUCUUUACUGCUGCUAUUAUUUACAACCGUUGAGGUAUAUUUUGCCAAGUAAUUCAGUUUCUCUAUUUAACGUGUAUUGUGAAUAUGUAUAUGCACCAAGUGCAAACUAAACGGAUCAUUGUGUUAUUUAAGUUUAACGGAUACUUGAUACUGUGUGGAUGUGUUGCAAAUAGGGAAUAUGGAAAAGAAAGUAAUAAAAGGAUUAUUUAUUUGAAAUAAAAACCUGUAAAACUGAA